AUGAGGGUGGCGUCACACAAACGCGUGGUGGUGUAUACUGGUUGAUAUUACCUGCAGGAUAUCUUGGCUCAUCAUUCUGGGGAAUGACUUUGAUACUCGCAUCAACAAAUCUCCUCACUGCGAGAAUUGCUGCUGGUUGUUUAAUUGUUGCUCUAUUUGUGGUGCUCUGUAUUGCUAAAAACUGGACACUCCGUGGACUUUGUAUCGGAUUCAUCAUUUUCCUUGCUUUAAUUUGGGUUAUGCAAGAAAUGACAACCGUCCGUAUUCUCCGUUACGUUAUUCUCUUUAUAGGUGUGAUGAACAGCUUGUUUUCAGUAUAUGAUAUCUAUGAUGAUUUAAUAUCUCGAAGAGUCAACUCCAGUGAUGCUGAGAAGUUUGCUGAAAUUUGUCCUUGUUGCAAUGGAGUUGGAUGGGGAGUCAUAUGAUCCUUGAUGGAAAGUAAAUUGAAAUCUGGAACCACCAUCAUUGUUGACCG